AUGCAUGGUAGCCAUGGGCAUGAGGAUGAGGACGAAGGAGAGAAUUCAACUAAACCGCGUGAUGUUUACACUUCACCGAAAGAAAGAAGGCACAUUGAUUUUGCUGAAUUGAAGGGUCCUUUUCGUCUUGAACUUCGUUUAAACGCCCACAUGUUUCCAUUGGUCGGUUUAGAUCUGCCCCUCUUGUCCCAUUCUUUUUUCUUAUGCGUUUCCUUGCAUGCAAUUGCUAUUCCACCUCUUAGUGCUGAUGAUGAGAUGAAGCAUGCAAUGCAACGCAAUGGAAAGGGCAAGGAGAGGCCCCAGGGUAUAGAGGUUGAAUCAUUUAUGAGUUACUCGCAUUGCAUGCAUGCCUCUGUGUCUGCAUGUUUUUAUCUUCUUGGCCUUCCGACAACUGAAGACAGUGUUGUGAUGAGUGAGUGUGUUCAUGCAGUGAAACUCCGUGAUAUAAGCAAGGGAAAAAGGAUCAUGCGUAGGGGCUUCAUGGUUCUCCUUUUUCUGUUUUGGGAAAGUUGGUUCCAUAUCAAUAUGGUCCACCAUUGCAAUUUUGAGAGGUACGUACACAUAUACGUGCUGUGA